CGAAAAACCAUCCGGUCGGUCAUCUGACCAUCGUCGCAACCUCAACAGCAGCAUAAAAAACAACAAAAAACAUUAAAAUCAUCGAAAAUCCUGAAUCCCAAGUCCAAGAUCUAACAAUGAAUACAAACAUUGGUUUCAUGAUUAUUAUUCUAUUAUUUCUGAUCAAAACAUCACAUGUUUUCGGUAAAUUAUGUUAUGAAUGUGAAUCAACGGCCAAAGAUGAGAGUUGCAAAACUGUAUUCUAUCAACAAAAGAAAUAUUUAACAGAGUGUAGUUCAAAAGCCAUUACGUGCUAUACCGUUGAAGUUUUCUCUCGUGAUGCUCUCGGAGACUAUGCAGUUCGGAGAGGAUGCUAUAUUCGUGGAGAAAAUAUUUAUGGUAAUAGGUCUGAAAUUCAACCAGUUGGACACUAUCAUUAUUGUCCUUUCGAUGCCUGUAACUAUGAUCAUAAUUUAUUUGAUUUUGGAAACACUGCCUGGAGAUUUAAUCAAAAAUAUGUGAUGCAUUUUGCUGCAUUAUGUUUUGUUUUAUUGCAUUAGAUUUGAAAUUUUGCCAGGUGUGGGAGUAAUUAUAGUGAUUCUAAAAAGGAAUGUAGGAUUUGAUCAAUUAUGAACCGAAUAUUUUCAUGCUUGUACGGAAUUAUAUACAUAAAUAUAUUUAUUUUUAAAUUUUA